AUGGAUAUAACACUGAGUGGAGCAUAUGGAAUAAAGGAUAAAAAGUUGCCCAUUGUUACAAUGCCCGUCGUGAGACACCUCCCUUCAUCAAGUGGGUGGGAUCUGAUUAGCUACAGGCUUUCUGAUGUCAACUGGAAUCAUACGGGUCCUUUUUCCGAUCCACUAACAUUAUUCCAACGACCGUUUUCAGACGAGUCAGUUUCAAGCGACGAGCAGCAUCAGAGAUUCAGCAGAAUCAGACAAAAACGACAGAAUAAUGGCUUCAAGAAAAGGUGUUCCUUACGACUGGUUGCCGACUAUUCGUUUUAUAGCCAGUAUGCCAGGUCUAGUGCUUCUGAAGCUAUAAAGAUAAUGGUGAGCUCUAUUGAAGAGGUGAACCGAAUAUACACCCAUACAGAGUGGAAAAUAGCGGAAAGCCUUGGCUGGGGCUUUGUGAUCAAACAGGUUUAA